ACGCCAUAGUGAAAACCCUUGUCUCGAGCAUCCAGGAUUCUGGUAAAUUUUUGGGUAGCAUCUGAUGACGUAGGUACCGCGGCCGUGCUCCGCGCUUCCUCCUCCAAACGCAUUGCAUUCCUUGUUGACUUCGAUGACUUGGUUACUAAUGAAGAUGUGCUUGUAGAAGCAGUCCUAAGAGACAACGCCAACAGACGUGGUCGUGAUUUUGGCAAUACAGAACUGAGCCGAGUUAAACGAAUCGCAAAAUCGUUAUAUUUGCCGGGCGUCCCGGUCCAAUACCUCGCACCAUAUAGCCUCGUCAUCCAAGUUUGGCUUGCAAUAAUGCCAUCAAUACUCUCGCGCCUUAAAACACUUUUACCAGGGCCAAAUAAGCCGCCUCCACCUCUUAUACCAAAAUACAAACGACCUCGUCCGAAAACCAUACAUCCGUCCGACUUUGGAGGACUCAAUAAGCCUUUGACAGAAACUGAGGAUAUUGUUGUUCCAAGAUUGCCAACCGAGCAGGUCAAACCAGUUCAAGAGUAUCCCCAACUUCGAUACAAGCCGAGCCAGUGGGCGCAUGUUCGAGAGCGAGGACGACGAAAAAUGGCUUUUGUUUUGGACAAGUUUACUAGUGAGAAAGGAGCUAUGGUGCUGUUGGGAAUCACAGCCGGUGGGGUUUGGGGAUUGGGCAUAUAUGAGGCCCUGUUGAAUGUGAAGAGUGGAGUACCGGUUGGAGAGGUGUGGAGGUUCGUUGUACGCUUUGCAGGAGCGAACACACUUGGAGCACUGACGAAUACCAGUGUAGCCCCCGAGACAAUAGCAGCCUCUCUCAACCUGGAUCCAUCACUAUUCAAUUUCAUUCCACACUCUCCUGAAGCGUUAUACAAAACCCUCGACCCAAAUCAAGCGGAGGCUCGCCUUCACGCUGUUUACGCCAGAGUAACAAGGGGUCUUGCAGCAGGAUACAUGGGAGUCGCGUCCUUACUGCGAGUUAUCAAUUGGACUUUCAUGGCCAGCAAUAUUUAUCGAGAACGGGUCUUGUCCGGGAGGGAGCCGCCCUUCUUGGGAGUGGAGGGCCGAGUUUUUCGGUUGUGUGGACGGGUGUCGGAUACUUUGACGAUGUCAUUAGCGAGAGACGGUGAGCAUGUUUUACCAAUCAUUGAGGAACCAUCCAAUGUCCGGCAUCUGCUCCAAGAAUAUACCCAGAACGGUUCUGUUCCCAUAGCUUGGCAUAUACGAGAAAAUCAAUACGGUUCGCCACAAGCGUGGACGGGACUGGUCAUUGAUGAGCCAGCCUUGUUGAAGACAAAGUCAGGAGAGCGGUUGUUAUAUAUUGAGGCGGAUGGAACGAACAGCGAAGAUGCCUUGCGUUUGGGAACAGAGAGCGCGGACCUAUCUCUGGAGGACGCCAGUGCCGCAUAUCGUAUGAUUGAAGACAUUGCGUACCGCACAUCCGGAUUGCCAUCUUUUACAACGGUCCGUGUAUUUCUCGGUGACAUGCUUCAAAAGGGUCAGACAGGAGGUGGGAUGGAGUACACACUUCGUCAACGUGUGAAAUUUCGGCACGAGGUGGACAUUCUGAUAGAUUCAAAACUUCCCAUUCUGACGGAAAUUAUCAAGUGGGCUGAUAAAAUUGCCGCACCUGGAUGGCAGCUACGUAAAGUGGUAUUUGAGACGGACAGUCAAGAAUAUUUCCAUAACCUCACUGCUCUUCUCAAAAUCUAUGGAUUUACAGUUCUGGACAUUUCCCAAGUAUCCCCUGAGGAUGCUGGAAAGUUGCCGCGGCUAGUCUACUAUCGUAGGACAGGCAGCACCGUCAACGCUUUCCGAGCAAUUCUGGAUGCGGAUCCGAUUGAUCCGGGACGUAUCUGUGUAGUGAUCGACACAAAGGAAGGACUCGAUACGGUCCAACAAUUGAAAAGUCGCGGCUACCUGAGUGGCGAAGAAACAACCAUCGUUUGCUCUAGUGACAUUUACGACACGCUUUUGCGACAAGUGAGAACAUGGUGCAGAAUGGGAUACACGCCCAAGCAGAUCCAAGCCGAGCUGGAUGCUCAAAACGUCUAUGUGGCACAAGUCGCAAAAGCCAUUGCUCAGCAGGCUGAAGAUGCAAAAAAGAAUGGAGAGUUGAAAGAAGGAGAAUUCCAGGAAGAUCUGGCCAAGAAAGAAAUGGAGGAUCAAAGGGCCAAGCAAGAUGCAAAGAGUACAGAGAAAGAAGGGGGCAACGAGUAAUUAGUUUAUCAGAUCAGUGGUGACACUCAAGUGCAGGAACGCUUUACACUAGUAACGGACAAUGUCAAGCUGUACCUUUUAGUCUUAUCUUAUGACGGACUUGUAUACAUUUGAUUUGAACAAUUACCCAAGUCAGUACAUCGAAGGCUUCAACUGCCACCCAA